AUGUUGAAAAGACAAAGGGAACCAAGUCCGGAAACCGCUGUUAAGCAGAGAAAGUUGGAACAGAGGCUUCCCUCCUUACCAGUACAUGGAAAAAGACCUAUACUGAAGGCAAGACUGUCAUGGACGGUCAAAGGAAAGGAUGAAGGCGCCCAAGGGUCUUUCCUGUUCGACACCGGUUGUACAGGAGCUAUCCUCAAUCAGAGUUUUGUCAGGAAACAUGGAAUUCCCUUAGUGCGGCGGGAUCAACCUCUAACAAUGUUUGAUGCUCAAGGAGAUGUCAUGAUGGGAGGAGGUGAGUAUUACACUCACCCAGUCCACAUGACUAUGGGAGAUCAUAAGGAGACACUCCGAUGGGAGGUGGCUACGCUGGAAGAAGGAAUGACCGGUUACCUCCCAAUUAGUUGGGCUAGGAAGCAUAACCCGGAUAUCAAUUGGGAACUCAACACCAUGAGCUGGAGGAGUGACUACUGCAAGCAGAAUUGUCUCCCAGCGGCCACCAAGAUUGAACUAGUCUCUCCAUACCUGAUGUUGGAAGAAGAAGAGACAGUCUAUCAAUUGGUUGGUUCAGUAUGGCAUGAUGAGGACGGAGGUGAUAUUGCUGAAAAAAUACACAACCUCUACCGGGAAUGGGCUGAUGUGUUCAGUCAAGAGAAGAUUGAGGAAAUGCCGCCGCAUUCCCAUAAUGAUCUAAAGAUCAAACUCUUGCCUGGCACCGCUCCCCCAUUUGGCCCGCUGUACCCAUGUUCCGCUCCAGAGUUGAAGGCCCUCCGAGAGUACCUGGACAAAGAAUUGUCUUCAGGAAAGAUCUCUAGAUCUAACAGCCCUGCCGCAGCGCCCAUACUGUUCAUUCCUAAGAAGGAUGGGACAUUGCGGAUUUGUGUGGACUACAGAGGAUUGAACAAGGUCACUGUCAAGGACAAGUACCCACUGCCUAUCAUGAGUGAGCUCAGAGACAGGUUGUUCAAGGCCAAGAUCUUCACAAAGAUAGACCUGAAGAACGGCUUCAAUUUGAUCAGGAUAGCAGAAGGUGAUGAGUGGAAAACCGCUUUCAGAACCCGCUAUGGACUGUAUCAGUAUAAUGUGAUGCCAUUUGGUCUAUGCAAUGCUCCCUCCGCUUUUCAGGCAAUGAUCAAUGAUGUUAUAAAGGAACUACUGGAUGAAGGAGUAGUUGUCUAUAUUGAUGACAUCCUCAUCUACUCGGAGACUGAGAAAGAACAUGAGCUAUUGGUCAAAAAGGUACUACAGAAGCUUAGGGAAGCUAAGCUCUGUGCCUCGAUCAGUAAGACAUCCUUCCAUGUCCGAGAAGUAGAAUACCUAGGCUAUCACAUCUCGGAAGAUGGAGUAUCUAUGUCAGAGGACAAGGCAUUCCUCGGAUUUGCAAACUUCUAUCGUCGCUUUAUUGAAGGCUUCAGUAAAGUUUGCAAACCAUUAACUGACCUCCUGCAAAAAGACAAGAAAUGGUAUUGGACGGCAGUACAUGAGCAGGCCUUUGAAGAACUCAAGAGGCUGUUCACAAGCGCUCCAAUCCUCCUUCAUUUUGACCUUAGUAGGAGAACAGUGGUCGAGACAGAUGCCAGUGAUUUUGCCAAGGGAGCGGUGCUCUCUCAGUAUGGGGAUGAUGGGAAGCUACAUCCGGUGGCAUUCUAUUCUAAGAAGUUCUCCCCUGCUGAGAUCAACUAUGACAUUCAUGAUAAGGAAAUGGGAGCUAUUGUAGCCUCUUUCCGGGAAUGGAAACACAUGCUCAAAUCUUGUGAGCAAGAGAUCACGGUUUUUACAGACCACAAGAACUUGGAGUACUUUAAUUCUACCAAGGUUCUCACUAGGCGGCAAGCUAGAUGGUCUGAAGACCUCGCAGGCUACAAUUUUAAAGUUGUCUACAAACCGAGAGAAAAGAAUGGCAAGACUGAUGUGCUAUCUAGGCGCUGGGAUCACCGCCUUGGAGAGGGAGGUGAAACUCUGCAGCCGGAGCCACAGAUCUUUUUCAGGCCAGGUCAAUUGGUUUUGGAUCCUGCAAAGCUAGCGGCUGUCAGGGUGAAUCAAUUGCAGAAUACAUUCUUGGAGCGCCUAUAUGCGGCUGCUAAAGAGGAUAGUUUCUGGCAGGAACUGCACCGCUCUCUGGUUGAAAGGAAACCAAAUUUGGACCAGAACUUGUCGGUCAAGAACGGUCUCAUCUUCUAUAAGAAUAGAUGGUAUAUACCCAAAGACAAGAAGCUUCAGAUGGAAAUACUGUCCGAUACCCAUGACUCUAAGGUGGUGUUACGGGCAUGCCAAGCAUUUACGGGACUCGCGGGGCCCGUAUCGGAUCAAGGAGAUUCAUACUCGACGUUGACUGAAGAGACCUUGGAGACUUCUACCUUUGUAGCUGUGGCGGGUCACUUUGGCCAAUUUAAGACACUUGAGCGGGUGAAAAACAACUUCUUUUGGCCCAACAUGGAUAAGGAUGUUGAGGAAUAUGUCCGGAGCUGUGACAGCUGCCAGAGGAAUAAGACCUCAAGACAUAAGAAGUUUGGUAUGCUCCAACCGUUGGAGAUGCCCUAUCGGCCAUGGACUUCCAUCUCUAUGGACUUCAUUGUGGGAUUACCGGAAUCUAGUGGGUUUACAAAGAUCUGGGUAAUAGUGGACCGCUUUUCGAAGAUGGCACACUACAUCCCUCUUCCUACCCUCAAUAAAACGGAAGAUUUGGCUAAGUUGUUCUUGAAGGAAGUUUGGAGACUCCAUGGUUUACCUGAUGACAUAGUCUCGGACAGAGAUAGCAGGUUCAUUUCUCACUUUUGGCAAUCUCUCAUGAGUCUCCUCAAUGUGAAGCUGAAGAUGUAA